AUGUCUCGCUGCAAGGCUUGCGACGAGCCUUUGGUCCUAGGCGUCGAUGACGAUCAAGGUGACGACGCCUCGCCAGACACGGUGCCCGACGACCUGCAACUCGGCUGCGGGUGUCACUUUCACUGGGAAUGCCUGAUGGAAGAGGCCUCGGCUGUUGCUCUGUCGCUCAAAUGCCCCAGCUGCGAGUCCUUCCUGGCCGUCAACCGGGCAGGGCCAUCAUCCACCAACCCGUUCCUGCAGUCGGCCUCUGGCACGCCCAUUCUGGCGCGAUACAACAACGAGGGCGGCGUCCAGGAGCAGCUCGACAUUUUCCCUUCCAUUACGGAGGAGGCGUAUCUUCAGAACAACCCGGAAGCACGGCCUGCGCGGGCGCUCCACAUCAUGUGCUCCGAGGGUGACGUGAACGGCGUUGUCGAGCUCCUGCAACGUACGCAGGACCAAGUGAGCGACGUGGCCUCCCUGGUGCGCUACCAGGAUCCGCUGGCCGAGAUGAAGAGCGGGCUUCAUCUUGCCGUGGAGAAGGGGCACGAGGAAGUUGUAUGGCUCCUCCUCUGGCUGUCAUCAACGAUGGCAACCGAGUCAUUCCCCAUGCCGGCUCGCAACGCCGCCGAGUCCAUGGGGCUCGGACGUCUGAGUGUCCAGUCUGACGGCGAUAUCCGCGGCCUGCAGGACGGCCGGGGUCGCACGGCCGAGCACAUUGCCCAAGAGAGGCCCGGGUCGUGGUCCGCAAUUCUCCAGGUCGGGGCAUUAUCACCUUGA